GGGGAGGUUCAUCGGAUUUAAGUGAGUGUCAUUAUCAGUGUUGUAUCAUAUAUUCUUUUUACUAUUUCUCGCGUAAUGUUUCGAAGACAACUUUUCGUCAUUUCGUCAUUUUCCAAAGUACAAGCGAGGGUCCGUAUCCGCAACAUCAACGUAAGAGACUACCUCGAACCUGCUCGGCGGUGGAGACAAGAGACUGUCUCAACGCGCUCCAAGACGUCAAGUUUCGAUCGUUAUGGUGAGGACAGAGACCGACGACCUUACAGGUCAUCCGUGAAGUGCUUCAACUGCGAUGAAACGGGUCAUUACGCCAAUCAAUGUCCUCAUCGUGAGCGUCGAUACUACUCUAAUCGACUGUCUACCUCAUCGGACUCCAGGCGAGCCCGCUCACCACGGAGGUUCGAUUCUCAAAAGAGUUACACCGCCCCAAAGGAGGAAACUGAGCUACGAGAGAGAGUAGCGAAGCUGACCAAGGGGGUGGCAACUAUCAAAGAGCACUUUGAUGUCGUACAAGCGAAGAUCGAGGAGAAAGUCAGACGUAAAAUGGAGAAAGCACGAGCCUUAGAAGAAGAAAGGUUGAAGCAGGAGGAAGAGGAUGCCCACUUGGCUCAAGAAGUAGCACAACGAGACAGAUGUGACAUCAAGGAGAAGAAGCAAGUCAUACUCGAACCAGAGCAUGAGAGCGAGUCGGAGUAUAGCAGUGAAGGGAGCGAGACCAGCGUAACUCAGGAGUUAAGUGAGAAGACUGGACGUUUGUGCAUCACUGAAAAGAGAAAGAGAUCUGACGACGUUCCGAUUGGCGACAGUCCACCUAUGAAAGCACCUCUGAAAUGCACCCCGAUGCGUGGAUGUGUCCGCAUGGGGGAACACUGCCAACGGGUGGCCAGAGCAAAGACCAAGGGCACGCGCACUCCGAUCCGGGCGAAGAAGCAUUCGCCCAUCAAGACCCCGUUAUCAAAGUUGACGAAGAACCGUAAGCUGUCUCCCCCCCGCGGGAAGUUGACUUCCUCCAGCAAGUCGCUCUCACGCUUACGUUUUUGCGACUCCAUUAUGAAGGAGUUGAAGGAUUGCAACGCUGAAGAGUUGCAGCGUUACUGCAAAGAUGAAGGUAUUCCUUACGUAGGCAAGAUCGAUGUGAUUUUCGACCUUGCUGAGCACCGCGUGCAACUGCGCUUUCCGUGUAUCAUCCCAACAACGGAUAUUAUCCACAUCAGCGAAUCGAAGGAUGUCGAAGCUGAUGCUUCAACUGAGAACCUAGAGUGAUGUGAUAUUCCGGACUACCGCGGGCUGGAUAUUUGUAGAUAUAUCACCAGUAAACGUUGUUCUCAGGU